AUGGGAGCUCACGUUGCCUUUCGUGAUCGACCCACAACAGCCAUAUCGAGAAGCGCUUCUACGGUAUACUCUUCAAAGCCGAACGUACUCUUUUGCGAUGUUGAACUCAACCAUGGAGAGUCCCGUCAGUUCAGCUGCGAGAUUCCUCUUCCUAUGCACGAAUUGCCACCUUCAUUUCGUGGUCACCUUGUCAGGUAUCUCAAUCGGAUAACCGUAGCUGUGCAACAUGUUCGAGCACCUAUUAAACUUAUGCACAUACCAGUGAGUAUGACAAAUGCUAAAGGUAAAGUUGCGACUAUGACGCUAUUCAAGAAAACUUUUCGAUUAGGAGAAGAUGUUUUGGGAAUACUUAGUUUUGAAGAUUCCGGAGUCCCUUGUGUGCAAUAUUCCGUACAUCUCGAAACUGUAGAACAGCUUGCCGAGGAUGUAGUGGGAGAGCGUGGCGAAGUCAAAACGGAAGGAAUGCUGCAGGAGAACGUCGCUGUACAUUCGAAUGACUAUGUUGUCUGCGCCUAUGCAUCCGAAAGUUCAUUUCGGUUAUCGAUACCCAUGCACGCUCCCCCAACUUUUCACACAGAUACUGUACACUUAAAAUGGAGGUUGCGGUUUGAAUUUGUUACAUCUGAACCUUUGAUCAACGUUGUUUAUGGUGAAGUGUGCAAAGCACCCAUCGGUCAGUUUCAAUUCAUAAAUUUCUGACA